CGUCCGAACAGAAAAGCGCGUCUCUGGACACAAGGUCAGUGGAUAAGGAACGGACACGGGAACGGACCCCCAGACUUCACAGGGAACAGACCAGGAUUUACAAUGGCGCCCCCUGCUGGAGCUCAAACUGUGCCCCCUCCGGAUGGAGGCUGGGGCUGGGCUGUGGUGGUUGGAGCCUUCAUCUCUAUCGGCUUCUCCUACGCUUUCCCCAAAGCAACUACUGUUUUCUUCAAGGACAUUCAGAAAAUUUUCGACGCAUCAUACAGCCAAGUCGCCUGGAUCUCCUCUAUAAUGCUGGCUGUCAUGUAUGCUGGAGGCCCUAUAAGCAGUAUCCUUGUAAACAAAUAUGGCAGCCGGCCAGUAAUGCUAGUGGGCGGAGUCCUCUGCUCCAUCAGCAUGAUCGCUGCAUCGUUUUGCAACAGUGUCGUAGAGCUAUACAUCUGCAUCGGCGUAAUCGGGGGUUUUGGUCUUGCCUUCAACCUCCAGCCAGCCUUGACCAUGAUCGGCAAAUACUUUUACAAAAAGCGUCCCAUUGCUAAUGGCUUGGCCAUGGCAGGGAGCCCUGUCUUUUUAAGCACUCUAGCUCCCCUAAACCAGUACCUCAUCAACGCUUACGGCUGGAGAGGCAGCUUCCUUAUUCUCGGGGGGCUUUUGCUCAACUGCUGCGUGGCUGGAUCCCUUAUGAGGCCACUGCCCCAGCCUUCGACAAAGAACGAUGCCAAGAAUGAUGAUGAAGAGGUUCAAACCACUAAGACAGAGAAGCCUACAGCGUGGCAAAUUAUCAACAAAUACCUUGACUUGUCACUUUUCAAGCACCGGGGCUUCCUCAUCUACCUUUCAGGAAACGUCAUUAUGUUUUUAGGCUUCUUCGCCCCUAUUGUCUUCCUUUCUCCGUAUGCCAAGGACAACGGAGUAGAUGAGUACUCAGCAGCCUUGCUGCUCUCUAUCUUGGCUUUUGUGGACAUGAUUGCUCGUCCCUCCAUGGGACUGUUGGCCAACACACGCUGGGUGCGGCCGAAGAUCCAGUACUUUUUUAGCUUUGCUAUUCUCUAUAAUGGUGUGUGCCAUGUGCUAUGCCCACUGGCUCAGACCUACACCGGUAUGGUGGUGUACGCUGUUUUCUUUGGGUUUGCGUUCGGCAUGGUGAGCUCAGUGCUCUUUGAGACACUCAUGGACCUGGUAGGACCUCAGAGAUUCUCAAGCGCUGUGGGCCUUACCACGAUUGUUGAGUGCUGCCCAGUGCUCAUUGGACCACCACUGGCAGGAAAACUAUUGGAUGUUACUAAGAACUACAAGUACAUGUACAUUAGCUGUGGCUGUGUGGUCAUCUUCGCCAGCAUCUGGCUCUUCAUCGGCAACUUCAUCAACUACCGUCUGCUGGAGAAAGAACGCAAGCAAGAGGAAUACAGACAAGCAGAACUUCAAGAGCCUGACAAUGAUCCCAGCGGUACAGGAAAGGGCCAGGAAUCUGACGAGCUCAAUGGGAAACUGGACGAUUCUGUGUAAAGAGAAAGGAACAUUUAAACUUCUUCCAAAUAAGAUCUGGGCAACACCUCACACAUAUGUCCGGAGCAGAAGCAAAGAAUGUCUUGCCGGGUUGAAGUAACAGACGACUGCCAAAGCAAACCAUGACUGCUGUGAGGGGACCAGUAGCGUAGUGCUUAGAUAAAUUAUUUAGAUGGGGGUCAAGGAAUAUGGACGGCAGAGCAUACAGGAGUAGGAUGAGUUAGACCACAGAUACCACAGAUACACCUUUCUAUGAUAUUAGGACUUAGUUUAAAGCCAUUAUAUUAAUGUUUCAGCUCAGGAACUGAUCGAAAUCUGUCUAACGAUUUCAGAAAAACCUAAAUAACUCUGCCAGAUUGAGACUUUUCAGCACCGUGUUUAGUUAUUUGCUCAAAAAGCUGAUUAACCAGCGACACUUCUGUGAGCUGCAUGCCCAUAUCUGCUGCACUAUAAUUUAUAUUCUGUGUAGUCAAUACACCAAGACUGAAUGUAAAUCAUUAUGCAUGUAUUAUUAUUAUUAUUAUUAUUAACAUGGGCCUUAUAACACUUCUGACCAAAAUGUUUAAAUUUUUGCUAGGGAUGAUCACAUAAGCCUCUAUAUAUCAUAUAACCUUUAGUUUUCUGCUGCGGUAUAUACAGGGAAAGUCAUAUGCUAUUAUUCUAUGGACAAUGCUAUUUUUUUAGGUAAUGUAAAUGUGCGAAAGUAUUUACAUAUUAGGUAUUGCCUUAAAUGUAAAUAAUACAACUAACCACCUAAAGCCUGUAUAUAGAGAGCUUCCUACAGUAUAUGAUAUGUGUGUGUGUAUAUAUACGUACAGGGUGGGUGAAAAUUAACUAGGCAAUAUUUAAUGGAUCUCACAGUA